UUAUGGAGGACUAAAAGUGCCAAAAUGAAAUAUAUAAAUAUAUAAUUAAUUAAAUCAUUAAAUGUGUCAUCAAUUAUUUAAUAUUGGAAAUAAAUCAACAAAUAUAUAAAUAAAUAUAUAAUUAUUUAAUUAAUUAAAUGCAUGUGUUAUUAAAUAAUUAAAUAAUUAUUUAAAUGUGUCAUUAAUUAUUUAAAAUUGGUAAUAUAUAAAAAAAUAAAUUAUGAAACACAUCAUUAAUUAAUUAAAUGUUUAAUUAAUUAUUUAAAAUGUUAAUUCAUUUUAUGUAAAACCACAUUUAAUUAUUUCACUAUUUAUUUAAUUAUUUCACUAUUUACUUAAUCAUUUCAUGGUCCCUACACCAGCAGUGCAUCAUGAAAUAAUUUUAACUGUCACUGCUGCUCGUCAAAGUUUCUAACAUCUGAUUGGUUACUCAGCAAAGCAAGUCAUGACAGAUCGAUCCCAGAUAAUGGAUUGAAGCAGUGAAUGCACUCCGAUACAUUAGGUGGCAGUGUUCAUCCGUAUAUUCGUUUCGGUACGCUCUUCAUUUGUCGCCGAAAAAAUAGUUGCUGAUGAUACAAGUGAAGACGGAUCAAUCACCUUACCCGUACACCUCGCCAUUGGUGCAAAGUGUUAGGUGCAGAAUGUCCAAAACCUCUCCGGAGCUGCUAAGAGAAGCAGCUAAUUUGAUUGAAGAAGCUCUGAGGAGAACUCCACCGGCAGCACAGGUACAGCAGAUACCUGUCGCUACACCACGUACACCUGUUCAAGCCGAAGUAGCAAGGCUCUUUGCUCCAUACUACAACAACAACAACAACUACAACAACAACAACAACAACAACAGCGGCGGCGGCGCCAGGAGACGGCCAGCACGGAGCCAAGUCAUCCGAAGAAGCUACACACACACUUUCUGUUGUUUGGCUGACAACAAGGCUGAUAAAGUUCCAAGCAUUCAGCUUAAAGCAGACCUUCUUGCUUCAGGACUUGGAGAACAAAGGGUGAUCUUUUCAGGAAAUGACAACGAUCCCAUGGUUGUAACAAAUAAACUGAUGGAGGUGUUUCCAAAGCUGCAAGAAGGGGAAGGCUUUGAGUUUCUAAAAAUUGCAGGAUCUACUCGCAGUCGAAAUCUUGGACUUCUUCAAUGUCCCAGCACAGGAUACACCCUUGCCUAUCUAAAAGAUCCAUCUACAACAAUUGGACAGGCUACAAUUUACAUACGCCCACUUCAACAGGACCUACCCACUGAUUCAGAAAGCUCGGGACAUGCCUCUGGUCCAGCCAUCUCGUGUCACUUGUCAGAAGGAGGUUCCCUUCUCUGAAAUGAAACUGCACCGAGCUAACUGUGAUUGGGUAUGCACUUGUUAAAGAUAUAUAAGAAUUACAUAUUAAUUUUUAUAUUUAAUAUUAUUUUUAGUUUUUGUGCACAUAGAUGAGAGGAAAUGACUAUAAAAUUUUCUGAACUUCAAGGACCCCCAUGCAGGAAACACAUAGAGAAGGAGAGGGAGACCGUGGGGAGGAAAAUGAUAGAGAGCCACCCACUGACAGGGACAGCGUUCCAGUGAGGCCUGAAACAUCUGUAGAGAGUGAAGUAGAACCAGUAGUGAUUGAAAACUGGAAGAUUAUUAAAGAACCAACUCUGGCUGCCCAAGUUUUCAAAGAUAAUCUACUAAGUGAACAUGCAACUGGGAAGCCUCUUAAACUGAAAAUGGACGUAAGGGAGAGUGAGGAGGACAGGGAACGGGCACUUCUCUCAUUCUAUAAACAGCAACAGGAAUGGGCAUGUCCACUUCAUUGUACCCUUGAUGGUUAGUAGAAUAGAGUUCAUAAUAUAAAUAUAUAUGUUACAUUAAUAUCAAUUGUAUGUCUUAUAUGGAAUGGUAUUAGUGGUUUACUGGUCCCAUCAGGUAAUUUGGCUGAUAUUAAUCAUUAUAUGAUAAUCUGCAUUGGCUGUUCAUGCUGUCUGCAUAACAGUUAAUGUGUUUGUCCUUCCUUCCUAAAACUCGUCAAGCACCUAUAGCCUUGUUACAGCUUGUUUCCAGUGUGUUAUUAACAGUAUACAGUAUUCUUU